AUGUAAAUCUACCCUUUCUGUUUCCGACCUUCUUGAAUCAUAUUUCUGAAUUCUAGGCAUCGAUCCCAGAGAGAAGCAGAGAUUAGAGGAAGAAAGUCUCUUGGAAAGCGUCACUCAAAACAGUGCACUUCAUGCUGCAGUUGAGAUUGCGCAGGGAGUACAGUACACAGAAUCCUUCAAAACAUCUUGGCGACCGCCAUCUCAUAUACGGAAUCAAUCUGAGGAGGAUUUUGAUGCGUUCAGAAAAAGAAGAGGAAUCACUGCUGAGGGAUUAGAUGUACCUCCACCUAUUGGAAGUUUCCUGGAAAUGAAAUUUCCAAAACCAAUACUUCUUGCUCUCAAGGACAAAGACAUCUAUAUUCCAACUGCCAUCCAAAUGCAGGGAAUCCCAGUAGCACUUUCUGGACGUGAUAUGAUUGGUAUCGCUUCCACGGGUUCUGGAAAGACCAUCACAUUUGCGCUGCCAAUGAUAAUGUUUUGCUUGGAGCAAGAGUAUGUGUUACCUUUUGAGCGCGGUGAGGGACCAUACGCUCUGAUUAUUGUACCAUCGCGUGAAUUGGCAAGGCAAAUCUAUGACGUUAUUAUGGAAAUCUUGCAAUGGCUAGAAAAAGAUCACAAGAUGCCUAAGAUUCGAGCUGGACUUUGCAUCGGAGGAGAACCAAUUCGAGAACAAGCACAAGUGUUCAAAGAGGGAGUUCAUAUCUGUGUUGCUACUCCAGGUCGAUUAUCAGAUAUGCUUACAAAGAAGAUCUUCAACCUUGAGGCAACUGGACUUUGCAUCGGAGGAGAACCAAUUCGAGAGCAAGCGCAAGUUUUCAAAGAGGGAGUCCAUAUCUGCGUUGCCACACCAGGUCGAUUAUCAGAUAUGCUUACAAAGAAGAUCUUUAAUCUUGAGAUUUGCCGCUAUCUGGUGCUUGAUGAAGCUGACAGAAUGUUGGACAUGGGUUUUGAAGACGAGCUCAAGUCCAUCUUUGCUUUUUUCAAGGUUAGCAGACUCUUAUUCAGAAAUGGCAGAUUAACCGUCUAAAA